AUGUCCUUGACCAGCGCACAGUGCGGCGUUGGAUGGAAAACUUUAGGAGUAGAGAUAGGACGUUGGAAAAGAUGGAGGCUACCAUUAAUGGAUAUUGAUGAGGUUCUGCAGCUGUUGAAUCAAAUGCUCGGGAACUUUGGAGUGUGGUGUGUCGAUAGAUACUGUUUGUCGCCAUCUACUCUCCAUGAGGAAUUUGCGAAAGAGCAGUAA